CCUCCCCCGGGAAAGCGAAAGCGCGGCGGGCGGAAGCCGAGCCCUCCCCGCCGGGCCGGGGCCGCACCGGGACCGCGCCGGGGCCACCAUGGCUUCCAUCGGCAACUUCUUGCGACGGAGCCUGCGGCGCGCCGGCCGCCGAGAAGGAAAAGAUGGGGCCUCUGCUGCAGAAAACACCCCCCCACAGGUACCACAGGGGAAGCAGGGAGAGCGAAGCUCAGUCUUCUACUCUGCUGGGCAGUUCUUCUUUGAGUACCUGGUGGUGGUGUCACUGAAGAAGAUGCCAGAUGGACAUUAUGAACCCAAGAUAACCUACCAAUUCCCAAAGCGCGAGAACUUGCUGAAGGGCCAGAAGGAGGAGGAGGAACGUCUCCUUCAAGCCAUCCCCCUCUUCUGCUUCCCCGACGGCAACAACUGGGCACCUAUCACUGAGUUCACCAGCGAAACCUUUUCUUUUGUCCUGACAAACGUGGAUGGCAGCAGGAAGAUUGGCUACUGCAGGCGGCUGCUGCCAUCUGGGCGUGGUGUCCGACUCCCUGAGGUUUUCUGCAUCAUCAGCUGCCUGGGCUGCUUUGGGCUCUUCUCCAAGAUCCUGGACGAGGUGGAGAAGAGGCGCCAGAUCUCCAUGGCAGUGAUCUACCCCUUCAUGCAGGGCCUUCGGGAAUCACCCUUCCCAGCUCCAGGGAAAACUGUCACCAUCAAGAGCUUCAUCCCCGAGUCGGGCACAGAGCUCAUCGAGCUCACACGGCCUGUGGAUGCCCACCUGGAGCAUGUGGAGUUCCAGGCUCUGCUCCAGCGUCUCAGCCCUCACCUCAUCCUGCACAUCUUCGCCUCUGCCAUGUUGGAGCGACGGCUCAUUUUCCUGGCUGAGGAGCUGAGUGUCCUGUCUCAGUGCAUCCACGCCGUGGCUGCUCUCCUGUACCCCUUCAGCUGGGCUCACACCUACAUCCCCGUGGUCCCCGAGUGCCUGCUGGACACUGUGUGCUGCCCCACACCCUUCAUGGUCGGCAUCCAGAUGCGGCACCUGGAGCGGGUCCUGGAGCAGCCAAUGGAGGAGGCUCUGAUAGUUGAUCUCUGUGAAGGGAAGAUCAUCCGGGCGGUGGGGGAUGAGGAGGAGAUCCUGCCUGGAAAGCUGCAGAACGAGAUGCUGAUAUCUCUGAACAGGCACAACAACAACAACAACGUGCACACCUCGGAGCAGGUGAACGCCCUGGUGUCAGAAGCCUUCGUGCACUUCUUUGUGCGGCUGGUCGGGCACUACGGCUCCCACAUCAAGUGGGGCAGGAGCGGCUCCGGCAGCUUCCAGGAACGAGCCUUCUGCAAGGCCAUCGCCUCCAAGAGCUGCCGCAGAUUGGUGAAAAAGUUCGUGAAGACAAACAUGUUUUCCCUAUUUAUUGAGGAAGCGGAGAAGAGCAGGAUCCCACAGGAAGCGUAUUUCCAGCAGAAAAUAAUAGAGUACCAUGAACAGAAGAAGCACAGAAGGGACUCCUGAAGUCCAGCGUGGGAGAAGGGGAGCAGGACUGGGAUUGACACAUCCCUGCCAGCAGCACCAUACUGGACUCUGUUCCUGCCCACCCGGGACUCCUGAGCUGCCUGUGCAGCACUGAGCAGCCUUUCUUUCUCAGGGCAUCAUUGCACUGGAAAACUCUUUGCACAGAA